CUCUUGUGAGUGCGGGAUAACUAGCGAAAAUUAAUCCGAAGAUGAGACUCAUAAGAUGACAUCAGAGACUGCAACUCUAGCUCUGAAUAUGAUGACUGCCUAAAUAAUCAAAGGAUCAUUGAAAAAAAUGGUUUGUCUUCAUCAAAUUUUAUAGCUAGUGUAUCAAAUACAUCAAAUGCUAUGACAUCAGAAAAUGUAAUUAAUGUGACGCAAUGCAUUGUACAAAAUCAACCAAACUUUCAUACAAGAAAUAAUCAAAACUGUCAUACCCAGAUUUAUCGACAAUCUUUAUCUUCAUUUUGUGAGUCAUGCUGUGCUGCGUCAGCAAAGAAGAUUUAUUUUGGCAUUUGCGUGACAAUCUGCCUGACUGCUUCUUGGGUUGGUGCUACACAUUGCAUUAAAUAUUUAUACUUUGAAAAAGACUUUACAGUAAUUAAUGCAAGUAAUAACUAUACAACGAUCGAGCGCUCUCAAAAACAGCCAAUAAUGUUGUAUAAUGCACCAUUUUUUACGACGUGGUUUUGUACUAACUGGAUGGUUUUGUACUUUCCUUUAUAUUUCAUCAGUCAAAGUAUAAGAACCAAAUGUUUAACACCGUCAGAAAUUCUAGCUGAAUGUUUAAGAGGUUUCCGAGAAAAAGGCCUUACAGGAGGAAGAUUUUUAAUGAAGUGCAGCCUUUUUUGUGCACUGUGGGUAGCAACAAACUAUAUGUAUAUUCACUCGCUUCGAAUAUUAUUGGCCACAGAUGUAAUGAUUCUUUUUGCUACAAAUGUUGCUUGUGUUUAUUUACUUUCUUGGGUGAUUUUACAUGAACAAUUCGUUGGCGUAAGGAUUGUUGCUGUUAUAUUAUGUGAUACUGGCAUAGCACUUUUGGCAUAUAUGGAUGGUAUAACAGGUAGUCCAACAUUAGGUGGUGUAGUUUUAGCUGCCUCAGCAGCUGCUGGAUCUGCCGUGUACAAGGUACUUUAUAAAAAAGUUGUUGGUGAUACAACAUUUGGACAGAUAUCUCUUUUUCUAUCAAUGAUUGGUGUAUGUAAUGCCACCUUGUUAUGGCCAAUAGGCCUCAUUCUAUACUUUUCGGGAGUGGAAUUCAUAAGAUUAGAGAAAAUACCCUGGAUCGUCCUACUAAUAGCAAGCAUUCUUCAUUUAGGAAUAUUUUUUAUUUUAGUUGCUAACAUGUUAGGAAACUUCAGUAUUGCUCUGACGUACAACCUUUUCACUACUUUAGGGUUGAUAACAGCUGUUCCUGUUUCAGCAGAGAAUAUACAGAGAGGUUUUUUUGGUCAGAGGUUACAUUAGCAAGUUUAAAUUCGCUGUUGUAGCAGCUUCCUG